AUGGCUGGCUACAAGCUUUACUACUUUGAUGCACGCGCCAAAGGAGAAAAAUGCCGACUAGCUCUUGCGGCUGCCAAAAUUGAUUUCGAAGAUGUUCGAUUGAAGGUGUCGCUGACCGGUGAAGAAAGUGAAGAAUGGGCUAAGGAGAAAGCGUGUAAGUAAAUAACACUCGAUUUCAUUUAUCUUAUCGAGUAUUGUCUGAUCUGGUAUUAAUAUCAUUAAUCCUGGAUUUUUGACUAAGUUUGAGGGAUAUGAUAUUCCCCAAUAACCCCAAGACAAAAUCGCGUGUUUACUCGUUCAAAAUUCUCCUUAAUCGAUGGCAGCAGUUUUCAGUUUCUCAUAUUAGAUAUCCUUGUUUAAUACACAUUUUUUUCGUCCGAUUGCAUGAUACUGUUUUUGGCUUUUUUAGUUUGAUGAACGUUUAUUUUACGGUCUUGGCGAAUGCAAAAUUUAAUUUUAUACUUCUAUAUUUUUUUCUUAAUGUUAUUUACAUAAGCCUGGACCUUUAUGCCAGGCUCUUGUCUGUUUUUUGACGUCGAUUUACAUAAACCUUUGUGUAUGUUUUACUAAAUUUUGAUUGCAAAAUAGGCUGACGUCAUUAGCCGCCACUCUGCGCCAAAACUAGCCUGGGACCAGGCUCAGCAUUGAGGGAAAAAGGAAAAACAAAUCGGCUAGCGAAGCGAGCCGAGAGGUAGUUUGGGGAGGGGAAAGGGUGGCCGCCCCUUAGACUAUAGACUAUCAUAAAGCUGGCUAUUUUUAACCUUGUCCUCAGUUCCAAGAUAUGUUUUCCUGAUUCACAGAAUUUCUCCAAUAUACAACAUAAAUGUUCAAAAAGUUUGAAACCCUUUUUUGUUUCAUUAUUUAAGCUGGCAGACCGCCACUUGGUCAGAUGCCAUUCCUCGUGACCCCAGAAGGAAAAAUCCCGGGACAAUCUGGUGCGAUUAUGAAAUACAUCUGCAGACAAUCAGGUAACCCCAUUGUGGGUACUUACCAAAUAAUAACGGUAACCCCUUCAAACCUAAUUUAGAACUUUGCAUCCCUCUUAAUUGUUGUGAAUGUACUGUCUUUAAAAUAUGAAUAAAUCACAAAACCAGAGUGUUCUCUUGACUUUCUCGUAGUUAUAAAAUGCAUACAUUAGCCCUUUUGGGCUUAGUACAUACCGAAAUAACAAAAUGACAGAUUUCCCUACCCUUUCAUAUACCUCAGCUAGGGAAAUCCCUACCUUUUUCAUAGCUGAAGCCUAAAAGAGGCACCCCUUUCGGGCGCAGCCUCCCCAUAUAGGCCAUUAUAGGGGGUAGGCAGGGGGUGGAGGGAGGGGGCAACAUGUUUCUCACAGUAGUUUAUAAGCUGGAGUGGGAGUCAUCUCAAACUUCCGCCAGUUUGUACUAGGGCAUUGCAGUAGCAAGUAAAAAAUAGCUCGCUCUACAAACUCACUUGAUGUUGCCCAGCGAAGCCACGAGCACAGGCUUAUCCCGCGAAAUCUACAGCCGCUUUUUAUGGUUUUUACGCCACUAGCACGUCGAGAGGCGGCCAUAUUUGAAGGCUAGGAUCAAACUGCGCAUGUCUGCAGCAAUAAAGGUUUUUUUCUCAACUGCGCGUGAGCGGGCCGUCGUCCGUUUUAUUGGUCUCAAGGUCAAUCAAAACCUCGGGAACGUAAUUUUGACACUGUAUACUCGUCAGGUUUGUGUCCAGAGGACAGCUUUGACGAAGCACUGGCGAAUAUGAUCCACGAUGCUACUGAUGAUUUGCGUAACGCCGUGAUCAAGUCUUUUUUGAGAAAGACGAGGCUAAAAAGGUGACGUAUCCUAAAAUAUACUAAGUAGAGGGUCUAAAUAGUCAUUAGAAUGUAGCAUCGAGUUUACAUCACUGUUCUAGCUGGAAGAGUCCUUUCUCACAGACUAGGAGAGCUUAGUAUCAGUCAGAAGUGGCAGCCAGAGAAUUCCACCAGAUAUCAGUCUGCAGUCAACGCCCUCCAAGACUGACGCCUUUAGGACCGCUACCAAGUGUCCAUCUAAGAGCGAUGUCCGUCUUAUAGAGAGUCAAAUAAAGAGAAUAAAGAAGGGCAGGGACCAACUCUAGCUGUCCGUUUUACUGAGGUGUCAUCUUAUAGAGGUGUCCGUUAUGAGAGAGGUGACUCUGUUUUUUCAGGGAAGCUCUCGAAAGAGGCUUAUUUUAAAAUAACCGGUGAGGCUGGCCAGUUUUGAUAAGCUUGAAGCAGCUAAAUUGGGGUGAAGAGCAGCCUAGAGAGUAUGUAACCACUCCAAGAAAACAACUCAUACGGCUCUGUCCAGCACCUAUAACGCGUGUGUACGGGGAUGUGACAAUGUAACAUCGUCCCAGGGUAGGUUUUGAAUCCAGCGGUUUUAGUGAAAACAAGGGUUUGCGGGGGUUGCUCAUUCUCGCGGGCUCAAAAACCUCCCUUAGGUCCAUCUUAUCUUGUAUUUGCCUGUGCACAGCUAUAUCACUUUAGCAGUGGCAGCCAUGAGAAGCUAUUUCGUCCUCACUUGGGCUCAGGCGCCUUUUACGGAGGAGUGGACGGCUUCUACUCGGCCGUUGGUCGUACUGGCGUCUGACUGCUAUACCUUGCGGAUUCUGCCGCCUGAAUGACGGCAUCUGUCAAUAGAGAGAUUUGGAGUGGCAUUUACGGCAAACGUCAGAUUCAAGUGGAUAAUUUCUUGAAAUAGAAAACGUACAGCUAAAACAGUCCAAAACAAGUGUUGUAGAGAAAACUAACGUGAAGCUACUAAUUUUAGGGUAGAAGUACUGAACCGUAAAGCAAAAGUUAAGGAAUAAAAACUUGGUCAGGUAAUGUGACUCUUAAUCUCUCUAAUAACUGUCACUGCUUGGGUGAUAUGGCUGUGCGCAUGGGUAACGUUCUAACCAGGUGGUGAGUUGUUGUCUAAAGGCUGGCUUCCACUAGCGACCGAGUCGGAGUCGUAAUCAGAAGCGUAGAACUUUACGAUCUACUAGUGAAAACAGCGUUCGGAUUCCGCUUACGACUCCGUCGUUACGAUCAAGUGAAAACUGGGUCGUCAGAGUCGCAAGCAGAAGCGGAAGAACUCAACUCAACCAAUCACAAAGUGUGGGAACGUGCAUUGUGAUUGGUUUAUCCUUCCGCUUCCGGUUUUCACUAGAUCGUAAACGACGGAGUCAUAAGCGGAGUCGGAAGAAGAUGGAAACGUUCUGAUUCUCCUGACUGCGAAUCCGUCGCGCUUAUGACUCCGCUUACGACCUCACUUUUCACUAGGUCAUAAGCGCUCUUUUGACUCCGCUUACGACUGCGACUCCGUCGCUCGUGAAAACCAGCCUGAAGUAUGUCAGUAUCGUACCUCUUUCCCGAGUGUGGCCACUUUUGAGUAGUUUUCAAACAUAUGAUUUAUCUUGGUUCAAGGCGGGGCUAG